CUCCCUGGUGAUAACAAUCGGACCAUGUGUCUCUUUUUAUCCAAAACGUGAUCAAUCAUUUCCAAUUCAUAAAGGAAAGGCGAGCAAAACAAGAUCUGAAUCACCGAACCCGCAGAGGAAGAAGUACCCAUAAAUUUAUAUUCUUCAAAGAGGAAGCUUUCGCGACCUUUUUCAGUUUCAGUUUGCAGUUAGUUCAUCAUCGUACUAAAAAAGAGUCUUCAAAUUUCUCUGCGAUCUCUUUCCAUUCAUCCGACAUGAUUCCGGAGCUCAACUUCGUCUGAUCGUCUCAUUUCCCAUUAGGGUUUUCACCCUCUUUCUCAGGUAAACUCAGGAUGUUAUCAAUCUUAGAUGUUUUCCUCUGAUAAACAUCCUUAGCCUGGAGGCGGACUUAAACUAAGAUUCGAGCUUGUCAAAGCUUCGAAAAUGGCAAUGGCUCCGGAGAUCAAACUGGUUUUAGGAUCUAUAGCCUUUGCUAUCUUCUGGGUUUUAGCUGUUUUCCCUUCUGUCCCGUUUCUACCCAUUGGUAGAACCGCCGGUUCUCUUCUUGGCGCAAUGCUGAUGGUAAUCUUCCAAGUCAUAAGCCCAGAACAAGCAUACUCAGCCAUUGAUCUCCCGAUUCUCGGUCUUCUCUUCGGCACAAUGGUUGUAAGUGUAUACCUCGAAAGAGCCGAUAUUUUCAAGUACUUGGGCAAAUUGCUUUCUUGGAAAAGCCAGGGACCGAAGGACUUGCUUUGCCGAAUCUGCCUGAUUUCUGCCAUUUCAAGCGCUCUUUUCACCAAUGACACUUCUUGUGUGGUUUUAACCGAGUUUGUGCUGAAGAUCGCGAGGCAACAAAACCUCCCUCCACAUCCAUUUCUACUCGCUCUUGCCUCGAGUGCUAAUAUUGGGUCUUCAGCCACUCCGAUCGGGAACCCUCAGAAUCUUGUCAUCGCUGUCCAAAGCAACAUCUCUUUCUGGGAGUUUCUUCUCGGGUUAUUCCCUGCGAUGAUUCUUGGUAUCGGUGUGAAUGCUUUAAUUCUUCUUGGUAUGUAUUGGAGAUUGUUAUCAGACCACAAGGAUGAGGAAGACGUCCCCUCGGAAGUUGUAGCCGACGAGGACGUGACUUCCCAUCGGUUUUCACCUGCUACAUUGCCGCAUUUGAACUCAUUAGGCUCUGAAGAAUGGAAUUCGAGAUUGAGUUCUGAAAACCCUAGCAUGAACGGCACUCCAGUCCACACCGACACUCUCAGGAACAGAACGGUAUCUGUUGAGAGCGAGAUUCACCGGGAAUCAAAUGCAUCGAGAGAAACAACAAACAAUCCUUUCCAGAAAGAAGACGAGACAGGGUUGUCAAAGAGAAUCUCUUCUGUGGAUUCAACCCCGGAAAAUUACUUCAGAACAAGCAAUUGCUGCGAGGAGAAGUGGAAAAGAGUCUUGUGGAAAUCAUGUGUUUAUUUAGUCACCCUUGGAAUGCUCAUAUCUUUGCUUAUGGGUCUGAAUAUGUCGUGGACCGCAAUCACAGCAGCUCUUGCUCUCGUCGUUCUUGAUUUCAGAGACGCCCGGCCAUCCCUCGAGAAGGUAUCAUACUCGCUUCUGAUAUUCUUCUGCGGGAUGUUCAUCACAGUGGACGGAUUCAACAAAACCGGAAUCCCCACGGCUCUCUGGGAUUUCAUGGAGCCAUAUGCAAAGAUCGACACUUUCAGAGGAACCGCAGUUCUUGCCCUUGUCAUUCUUGUACUGUCGAAUGUAGCUUCCAAUGUACCAACCGUGCUUUUGCUUGGGGGUAGAGUGGCUGCUUCGGCGGCCAUGAUCUCGGCAGCAGAAGAGAAGAAGGCGUGGCUGUUGCUGGCGUGGGUGAGCACUGUGGCCGGAAACCUCUCCCUGCUCGGGUCAGCGGCCAAUCUGAUAGUGUGCGAACAAGCUCGACGGGCUUUGCAUUUGGGAUACACACUCACUUUCUGGAAACAUAUCAAAUUCGGUCUUCCUUCCACUCUCAUUGUCACAGCCAUUGGUCUUCUCCUCAUCCGGUGA